AAAAAAAAGAAAAGAAAAAAGAAAGGAAAUAUUCUGCGAUAAAACCACCAUGGCAUCCUUCAUGGCCCCCUUCCCGCGCGUCUAUUUUUGCUACGUCGAGCCAUUACUCCUUUGCUACGGUGGCUUGUCACACAUCAUUAACCCUGGUCACUACACGGCCGCACUCUUUGGAGACCUUCCAUCAUCCGAUGUAGAUUACCUACCUACAGAAAAGCUCGCCAGCUUGAAUAUGGGCUUCAUGAUGCUGCUUGUCGGUACUCUAGUUGCCGUCGUCAUGUUCACCUGCGAGAACCGCCGCACCGCCCAUCUCGUUGUACUAGCCCUGAUGGUCUUUGAUAUUCCUCACUGGGGUGCUGUGGCUGCCGUCUUGGGUUCGGCUGGCCCUGCUGCAAUUGAGGUUGCCAACUGGACCACGGAAAUGAAAGGACACAUGUUUGGCCCCAUAGUGACCUUUUCUAUCAAAUUGGCUUACCUCCUGGGCUGGCUUGGAGAUGACCUGCCGGCCGUCAAAGGCAAAACCCAAUGAGACCGUCAGGGCGGUCGGCUAUAUGCACGUUCUUGACGGAGACCUUAAGACGUCACUGCAAAAACAAAAAGGAAAACACGGCAGACCUGGAAGAUGAUCAUCUAUGUGUCAGUCAGUCUUGGUCAUGUCUUAGGACUUUUCCUGAACAUUAACGCCAAAUUCCUUGGCUCAUUGCUCCUACCUUUCCAAAAGAAAGAGGUCUUGUUAUGCAGACCUACGGCAAAGAGAUUGUAAUAUGUACUCUGUAGUGCAUACUAUUCAUUCGCCAGACUCCUAGUAACCAUAUACGCUCCUAAUGUGCACCCACCCUGUUGAUGGAGCUGGCAACCCUAUUCGAGGUUAUUUUUGAAACGAAAUUAUUAGACUUGUUACUGUAUGAAAGCUUACCGGG